AUGUGGCAUUUCGAGGCAUCUACGUUUGAGGAGAGGGAGCUGUGGGUCACAGCCAUCGAGAGCCAGAUCUUUGCCAGCCUGCAGUCCUGUGAGAGCAUGAAGAACAAGGUGGGCAUGAGAGACAGUGCGUCUGUCGAGUCAUGAUUAGUUUAGUGCCAGGAAUUUUUCCUGACCACGUGACUUGGCUAGGAAAAUCUCUGGUUGCUAAUCAGGAUGUGUGAAUGCAAAAUUCUCUCUCUCCCCCCUCUCUCUCCCCACACCCCUCUCUCUUGCCCUCCCUCCCCUCUCUCUCUCUCUCCCCUCCCCAUCCUUCCUUUCUCUGAGCUGCCAUGUGUUGGGCUUUGUGUCAGACAGGUGCAGUGCAGCGUGAGGGAGCUCUUAUUAGAGCUGACAGACAUCAGAGAUGGGAACACGGCCUGUGUCAGAACACAGGGGAGGAGAUGCAAAGCAAAACCGACUCAAUUUCAUAUAAUACCCACUCUCUCUUCUCUCUCUCCCCCUCUCUCCCCCUCUCUUACCCUCUCUUUACCCUCUUUCUCUCUCAAUGAUCACCUGAACUUCAAAGCCUCCAGUCCUCCCUCCCCUCUCCCCUUCUGUUUCGUGAUGUGUAACCAGCUGAAAUUCUGUUUAUUCUAUUCUCUCACUGCAAAGUCAUGAUGCCUCACACACAGAGUCCCUCUUGCUUACCUGUUUAUAACUUCUCUCUUCUCCCCCAAAGUCCCGGUUAGGCAGCCAAAGUGAUGCAGCGUCCAUUCAGUCCAUAAGGAACGUGAGAGGGAACAGCAUCUGUGUGGACUGUGAUGCAGCCAGUGAGUACAGUACUUUCUCAACAUCAGAGCUAUAUGUCAAUGAUUCCUAAUACCUUACGUGCCAGGUAUUGUGUAUAUAACAUGAUGUCUUCAGAAUGCUAUGGCCCAGAUAUCACCCUUGCUUAUUAGUAACUAACAUAGGGCUCAUUUCGUUCCUCUCGUCCUCCUCCUUCUCUCCCAGACCCGGACUGGGCCAGUCUUAACCUGGGGGCUCUGAUCUGUAUCGAGUGUUCAGGGAUCCACAGGAAUCUGGGGACCCACCUGUCAAGGGUCCGCUCCCUGGACCUGGAUGACUGGCCCGUGGGGCUCAGCAUGGUGAUGAUGGCUAUAGGCAACGCUAUGGCCAACAGUGUCUGGGAGGGGGCCCUGGAGGGGUACACCAAGGUGGGCGCUGACAGCACCAGGUCAGUACCCCACAUUUCUCUGUUAGUGUGUGUUUGUUUGCCAUAUGCCAUUUGCCAGCUCUGUUGGAGGGAUUUUGAAACAAACUGGUUGGAAAUCCCCACAUAUUGAGCUGGUCUCCCCUAGAGCAGACCCUGGUUCCCACCCCUCCUUCUCCUCUCUGCUGGGGCACCCAGGUCUGGUCCCCUCUUCUCUCUCCCCAGUGAGGGUUGUUUGUCUCUGGGUGACAGUUGAGGCCCAGCGCAAGUCUCUGACUAAUGACCCUGUGUGUGGAUGAGCAGGUAAUUAAGGAGCCCAUUAUGGUGUUUGAGCCCACCCCAGGGGCCAGGCCCCUGGCCCCAGAAGAGCCCUGUCAUAUAUCUAUCACACAGAGGCCCCCUAUUACUCUCUCUGUCCCACUGUAGAAGACAGGUCUGUAGUGUAUGUACUGUUGGUAACCUAAAUUAAAAGAAUAUGUAAAGAUAUACUACUUAAGUGAUAAACGGCUUGGUUUUUGAUUUGCUGGUCUCAUUGUUAAAAAUGUUUGUACUGAGAUUGUAUAGUCAUUUGAAAUGAACAUUUAUCAGUAGGACAAGUGUGGAUAGAUAGACUGAAAGUCAAUAUAGUUGUAUUGUAAAUGUCAGUAGAGUUGUAUUGUAUCCCUGCACAUUGUACAUUUGGUAUUGGUACUGACCACCUAUAUAGCUUCCUAUCUUAUUUAUUGUGUUUUCUUUAUUUUAUAUAUAUAUAUAUAUAUAUAUAUACAGUGGGGGAAAAAAAGUAUUUAGUCAGCCACCAAUUGUGCAAGUUCUCCCACUUAAAAAGAUGAGAGAGGCCUGUAAUUUUCAUCAUAGGUACACGUCAACUAUGACAGACAAAAUGAGAAAAAAAAAUCCAGAAAAUCACAUUGUAGGACUUUUAAUGAAUUUAUUUGCAAAUUCUGGUGGAAAAUAAGUAUUUGGUCAAUGACAAACGUUUCUCAAUACUUUGUUAUAUACCCUUUGUUGGCAAUGACACAGGUCAAACGUUUUCUGUAAGUCUUCACAAGGUUUUCACACACUGUUGCUGGUAUUUUGGCCCAUUCCUCCAUGCAGAUCUCCUCUAGAGCAGUGAUGUUUUGGGGCUGUCGCUGGGCAACACAGACUUUCAACUCCCUCCAAAGAUUUUCUAUGGGGUUGAGAUCUGGAGACUGGCUAGGCCACUCCAGGACCUUGAAAUGCUUCUUACGAAGCCACUCCUUCGUUGCCCGGGCGGUGUGUUUGGGAUCAUUGUCAUGCUGAAAGACCCAGCCACGUUUCAUCUUCAAUGCCCUUGCUGAUGGAAGGAGGUUUUCACUCAAAAUCUCACGAUACAUGGACCCAUUCAUUCUUUCCUUUACACGGAUCAGUCGUCCUGGUCCCUUUGCAGAAAAACAGCCCCAAAGCAUGAUGUUUCCACCCCCAUGCUUCACAGUAGGUAUGGUGUUCUUUGGAUGCAACUCAGCAUUCUUUGUCCUCCAAACACGACAAGUUGAGUUUUUACCAAAAAGUUAUAUUUUGGUUUCAUCUGACCAUAUGACAUUCUCCCAAUCCUCUUCUGGAUCAUCCAAAUGCACUCUAGCAAACUUCAGACGGGCCUGGACAUGUACUGGCUUAAGCAGGGGGACACGUCUGGCACGGCAGGAUUUGAGUCCCUGGCGGCGUAGUGUGUUACUGAUGGUAGGCUUUGUUACUUUGGUCCCAGCUCUCUGCAGGUCAUUCACUAGGUCCCCCCGUGUGGUUCUGGGAUUUUUGCUCACUGUUCUUGUGAUCAUUUUGACCCCACAGGGUGAGAUCUUGCGUGGAGCCCCAGAUCGAGGGAGAUUAUCAGUGGUCUUGUAUGUCUUCCAUUUCCUAAUAAUUGCUCCCACAGUUGAUUUCUUCAAACCAAGCUGCUUACCUAUUGCAGAUUCAGUCUUUCCAGCCUGGUGCAGGUCUACAAUUUUGUUUCUGGUGUCCUUUGACAGCUCUUUGGUCUUGGCCAUAGUGGAGUUUGGAGUGUGACUGUUUGAGGUUGUGGACAGGUGUCUUUUUAAUUAUUAUAAUUAUAAAUUAUUUUCCACCAUAAUUUGCAAAUAAAUUCAUAAAAAAUCCUACAAUGUGAUUUUCUAUAUAUAUAUAUAUAUAUACAGUGGGGAAAAAAAGUAUUUAGUCAGCCACCAAUUGUGCAAGUUCUCCUACUUAAAAAGAUGAGAGAGGCCUGUAAUUUUCAUCAUAGGUACACGUCAACUAUGACAGACAAAUUGAGAAUUUUUUUCUCCAGAAAAUCACAUUGUAGGAUUUUUAAUGAAUUUAUUGGCAAAUUAUGGUGGAAAAUAAGUAUUUGGUCACCUACAAACAAGCAAGAUUUCUGGCUCUCACAGACCUGUAACUUCUUCUUUAAGAGGCUCCUCUGUCCUCCACUCGUUACCUGUAUUAAUGGCACCUGUUUGAACUUGUUAUCAGUAUAAAAGACACCUGUCCACUACCUCAAACAGUCACACUCCAAACUCCACUAUGGCCAAGACCAAAGAGCUGUCAAAGGACACCAGAAACAAAAUUGUAGACCUGCACCAGGCUGGGAAGACUGAAUCUGCAAUAGGUAAGCAGCUUGGUUUGAAGAAAUCAACUGUGGGAGCAAUUAUUAGAAAAUGGAAGACAUACAAGACCACUGUGAAGCAUGGGGGUGGAAACAUCAUGCUUUGGGGCUGUUUUUCUGCAAAGGGACCAGGACGACUGAUCCGUGUAAAGGAAAGAAUGAAUGGGGCCAUGUAUCGUGAGCAAUUAUUAGAAAAUGGAAGACAUACAAGACCACUGUGAAGCAUGGGGGUGGAAACAUCAUGCUUUGGGGCUGUUUUUCUGCAAAGGGACCAGGACGACUGAUCCGUGUAAAGGAAAGAAUGAAUGGGGCCAUGUAUCGUGAGAUUUUGAGUGAAAACCUCCUUCCAUCAGCAAGGGCAUUGAAGAUGAAACGUGGCUGGGUCUUUCAGCAUGACAAUGAUCCCAAACACACCGCCCGGGCAACGAAGGAGUGGCUUCGUAAGAAGCAUUUCAAGGUCCUGGAGUGGCCUAGCCAGUCUCCAGAUCUCAACCCCAUAGAAAAUCUUUGGAGGGAGUUGAAAGUCCGUGUUGCCCAGCGACAGCCCCAAAACGUCACUGCUCUAGAGGAGAUCUGCAUGGAGGAAUGGGCCAAAAUACCAGCAACAGUGUGUGAAAACCUUGUGAAGACUUACAGAAAACGUUUGACCUGUGUCAUUGCCAACAAAGGGUAUAUAACAAAGUAUUGAGAAACUUUUGUUAUAGACCAAAUACUUAUUUUUCACCAUAAUUUGCAAAUAAAUUCAUUAAAAAUCCUACAAUGUGAUUUUCUGGUUUUUUAUUUUCUCAUUUUGUCUGUCAUAGUUGACGAGUACCUAUGAUGAAAAUUACAGGCCUCUCUCAUCUUUUAAAGUGGGAGAACUUGCACAAUUGGUGGCUGACUAAAUACUUUUUUUCCCCACUGUAAUUGCAAAAGGGUUUUCUAAUGAUCAAUUAGCCUUUUAAAAUGAUAAACUUGGAUUAGCAAACACAACGUGCCAUUGGAACACAGGACUGAUGGCUGCUGAUAAUGGGCCUCUGUACGCCUAUGUAGAUAUUCCAUAAAAAAUCAGCCGUUUCUAGCUACAAUAGCCAUUUACAACAUUAGCAAUGUCUACAAUGUAUUUCUGAUCAAUUUGAUGACAUUUUAAUAGACAAAAAAAAGGUUUUUCUUUCGAAAACAAGGACAUUUCUAAGUGACCCCAAACUUUUGAACGGUAGUGUAUAUACACAAUAUAUAUAUUAUUAUUUUUUAUAAUUUUUUAUUAGUUAUACUAUUUUGAUAUUGAUUACUGCACUGUUUGGUAGAGCAUGCAAGUUAAGCAUGUCACUGAACUUGUGCAUUUGACAGUAAAACUUUAAUUUAUAGAAAACUAAACUAACUUGUAAAUGUGCAGUAAUCAAUAUCAAUGUAGUACUAAAAAUAACAUUAGUUAGAACAAAAACACACAAUAAAUAUAAAUAAGAAGAACACGAGAAGUAAGUAAGCCAUAUACAGGGUUAGUACCAAUAACAUAUUUACAAUGUGCAGGAAUACUGAUAGAGGUAGAUACAGUUGAAGUCAGAAGUUUACAUACACUUAGGUUGGAGUCAUUAAAACUCGUUUUUCAACCACUCCACAAAUUUCUUGUUAACAAACUAUAGUUUUGGCAAGUCGGUUAGGACAUCUACUUUGUGCAUGACAGAAUACAUUUUCCCAACAAUUGUUUACAGACAGAUUAUUUCACUUAUAAUUCACUGUAUCCCAAUUCCAGUGGGUCAGAAGUUUACAUACACUAAGUUGACCGUGCCUUUAAACAGCUUGGAAAAUUCCAGAAAAUGAUGUCAUGGCUUUAGAAGAUUCUGAUAGGCUAAUUGACAUCAUUUGAGUCAAUUGGAGGUGUACCUGUGGAUGUAUUUCUAGGCCUACCUUCAAUCAGCCAAGACCUCAGAAAAUAAAAUUAUAGACCUCCACAAGUCUGGUUCAUCCUUGGGAGCAAUUUCCAAACGCCUGAAGGUACCACGUUCAUCUGUACAAACAAUAGUACGCAAGUAUAAACACCAUGGGACCACGCGGCCGUCAUACCGCUCAGGAAGGAGACGCGUACUGUCUCCUAGAGAUGAACGUACUUUGGUGCGAAAAGUGCAAAUCAAUCCCAGAGCAACAGCAAAGGACCUUGUGAAGAUUCUGGAGGAAACAGGUACAAAAGUAUCUAUAUCCACAGUAAAAUAAGUUCUAUAUCGACAUAACCUGAAAGGCCGCUCAGCAAGGAAGAAGCCACUGCUCCAAAACCACCAUAAAAAAGCCAGACUACGGUUUGCAACUGCACAUGGGGACAAAGAUCAUACUUUUUGGAGAAAUGUCCUCUGGUCUGAUGAAACAAAAAUAGAACUGUUUGGCCAUAAUGACCAUCGUUAUGUUUGGAGGAAAAAGUGGAUAGCUUGCAAGCCGAAGAACACCAUCCCAACCGUGAAGCACGGGGGUGGCAGCAUCAUGCUGUGGGGGUGCUUUGCUGCAGGAGGGACUGGUGCACUUCACAAAAUAGAUGGAAUCAUGAGGAAGGAAAAUUAUGUGGAUAUAUUGAAGCAACAUCUCAAGACAUCAGUCAGGAAGUUAAAGCUUGGUCGCAAAUGGGUCUGCCAAAUGGACAAUGACCCCAAGCAUACUUCCAAAGUUGUGGCAAAAUGGCUUAAGGACAACAAAGUCAAGGUAUUGGAGUGGCCAUCACAAAGCCCAGACCUCAAUCCUAUAGAACAUUUGUGGGCAGAACUGAAAAAGUGUGUGCGAGUAAGGAGGCCUACAAACCUGACUCAGUUACACCAUCUCUGUCAGGAGGAAUGGGCCAAAAUUCACCCAACUUAUUGUGGGAAGCUUGUGGAAGGCUACCUGAAAUGUUUGUGUGCAAAAGUAAAAAAUAAAAUACAAGGGUUAACUCAGAUAGUCCAUGUAACCCGUUAGUUAGCUAUUUACCAGUCUUAUGGCUUGGGGACAGAAGCUGUUCAGGAGCCUGUUGGUGUCAGACUUGAUGCACCGGUAACGCUUUCCGUGCGGAAGCAGAGAGAACAGUCUAUGGCUUGAGUGGUUGGAGUCUUUAAUGAUUUUCCGGGCCUUCCUUUCACAUCCCCUUAUUUAGAGGUCCUGGAUGACAGGGAGCUCGGCCCAAGUGAUGUACUGGGCUAUCCGCAUCACCCUCUGUAGCGCCAUGUGAUCGAGGGCGGGCUGUUGCCAUACCAAGCAGUGAUAUAGACUCGUAGCGUGUGUGUGUGUUUUCUGUGUCCAUAGAAAGAUAUCUUAUCCCCUUCGAUCCAUUCUACCCAACUCUGGGCAGCUUUGAGUUGAGUGAUGGUCCACGAUUACGUAUUGAAUGGUUUGUGGGCUACAGUAUUCCACCACAACUGGACUUGAUGAAAGAUUAUUGAUACUGAUUCCUCUGUCUCACCUCUCUCACUGUUCCCAUAUCGCCCUGGGUAGGAAUAUUUUUCAUUGUCACGAAAAUCAAAUCACAUUCUGUUUGAGCGCUUGCAUCUUUGUUUAGUCCGUCAAACAAAUAACGAUAAUAAUCUCAUUAUCAUCAUAGCUGAUUUUCAGAGGAAAUAAGUUGUUGUUGUUAUCUCAUAGGCAAUCAUUGAUCGAUGAUUAUUGAAAUCCGGAUAUCUAUUUUGCUUGACGAAAGAGGAAUAAUUUUUUAUCAGAAAUCUCAUGAAGAAAGAGAAUGCCAUUAUCUUGGUCCUGCUUCUAUAUAACCACAAAGCAUCUAUUGUAUACAUCUAGGAGACAAAAAGGUGAAAGAAUAUAUUAUCUCGCUUCUGAUCCCAACCAUAUAUAUCUUACUUUGUUGUCUCAUCCAUACAGAUUAAACAUUAAGAUUAAAUAUCAAGAUCUCUAUUGUCUCCACACUAGCUGCUCCCCUGGACUUAAGUGUUCUGAUGAUGUUAAUUGUGUCACUGUGGUGACAUGGAGCAGCUUUGUGAUGGCACCCAGGCAGCUGGUGUAGCAUUCCCACCCCACCUCCUACUAAACAUUAGUGACACCUAAUCUAAACGACUCAGUAACUAGCUGAAGAUGAGCCUCACAUCUGAUUGAAUGUCUCCUGCUACACUAGUUCUGCCCGGCUCGCAUUUUGAAAUGUUAACUUAAAAGGUGUUCAUCCACAAGAUUAGUUUAGCUUUUUAGAAAUUCUUAUGUGAAAGAAGAAUGUACAGAUUUGCUUUGUAGUCAGAUUUAUGUAGAUAUCUAAAAGUAUCAGUACUCAUCAUGUAGGCUACUGUUGUGGUGGGAUUUUGUAGUGGUUUGUAUCUUUAAAGGACCAUCAACAGCUUUCAGAGGUAAUUUUAAAUGUAUCACCCAAUAAUGUAAUGAAGUCUGAAUAAAAAAAUAUUUAUAUAUUAGUAUGCCAUAAAAGGCAUGUGUAUACAUCAAUAGAUCAUGAUGAUAUACAUUUCUCCUGGGCCAUAAAUCUCAUAGAGAAAUUCAAUCUUUCUCCAGUCAGCAUAUUGGAGGGUAGUUGUUCCUUGAAUUAGUGUCUGCCAAUCGGCGUUUUCUCCACGCCACCUCUAAUUGUCUGGCACACACGUGAGAGGAAACACUAUACACUUACACUCCUGAGAGAAAACAUUACAUGCGCACACACACACAUACUCAUGAGAGAAAGCACCACACACACACACUCUUGUGAGGGAAAACACUACUGACUAUUUUGACGGGGAAGGAAGAGGGGGGCUACAACACACACACACAAACCUCUCCUUCCUCCCUGUGUCUCAUUUGGGGAAGGAAGAUGUCCGGGAGCGUAGACGGAUGUGGAAGGCUAUCCCUCACCGGUGCUUCCCGCCUCACUGUCACCCCUCUGUGGGUUGUUGUGCCGCGCGGUGCCCUCGGCCACGGCCAGGUAAUAGCUCUGCUCUCAUGACCAGAGGAGAGGAGAGAGAGAGUAAAGGAGCCCGCCUCCUCCUCCACUUUGUUUCAGAAAUAAUUUGCCGCUCCUGCAUGCCGCCUGCAGGGUCCGCGCAGUAAUAAAAAUGAAUCACACCACUAACCUCUCUAAACCUGCACCCUCUUUUUAACUCCAUCCUUCCCAGACAGAUACACUGCUGGGAGAAUGGAAUUGAUACAGCAUCCCUCCACUUUCAUCCCUCAUAUUCUUCCCUCAUUCUCAUCCCUAAUUCUCAGUUUUUAUUAGAAUUACGACCCCAGUGUGGAUGGCAGAAAAGGCUGUAGUUUAUCCUGCUCAGGGAUCCAAACUAUAAUGAGCCAGCUAUAGCCUCUCUCCUGUAGAACAGUCCCAGUCCCCAAACCACAGAGUGCUGAGCCUUUCCGGAUACUCACAGGUUACGGGUGCGAGGAGCGCCAACGGCCAACUGGCAACUCUCCAAAGAGGCUUUAGAAUAGCUGGCCUUGCCAGUAGCCCUGGUGGAGGUGGGGUAAUUAAUUUAGACAAAUUAAUGAGCGGAGUGGGGGUCUCCCGUCCAGUUCAGCACCGUGCCGUGGCAGUCUCUCCAAAUGAAACCCACAGGUCACUGAUUAGCCCCGCCUGCCCUGGAGACGAUUUGUCACUAAUUACCCAACAUGCCACGGGUUUCAGCACCAGCCAGGUAGAUAGGGGAAAUUAACUAGCAAAUCUAAUUUUAUUUGUCACGUACACAGUUUACAGCAGGGCCAACUGAAGCAAAUGACUGUCAAAGUAUUUUAUAUUCUAUUCUAAAUUAUAGAGUAUAAUUUCAGCAACAUAUACACUAUAUAUACAAAAGUAUGUGGACAACACUUCAAAUUAGUGGAUUCUGCUAUUUCAGCCACACCCGUUGCUGACGGGUAUAUAAAAUCGAGCACACAGCCAUGCAUAAACAAACAUUGGCAGUAAAAUGGCCUUACUGAAGAGCUCAGUAACUUUUAACGUGGCACCGUCAUAGGAUGCCAUUGGAAUCUGGAGCAGUGGAAACACGUUCUCUGAAGUGAUGAAUCACGCUUCAACGUCUGGCAGUCCAACGUACAAAUCUGGAUUUGGAAGAUGCCAGAAGAACGCUACCUGCCCGAAUGCAUAGUGCCAACAGUUUUUUAUGGUUCGGUCCAGGCUCCUUAGUUCCAGUGAAGGGAAAUCUUAACGCUACAGCAUACAAUGACAACAACAGUUUGGGGAAGGCACUUUCCUGUUUCAACAUGACAAUGCCCCCAUGCACAAAGCGAGGUCCAUACAGAAAUGGUUUGUCGAGAACGGUGUGGAAGAACUUGACUGGCCUGCACCGAGCCCUGACCUCAACCCCAUCAAACACCUUUGGGAUGAAUUGGAAUGCUGACUGCGAGCCAGGCCUAAUUGCCCAACAUCAGUGCCCGACCUCACUAAUGCUCUUGUGGCUGAAUGGAAGCAAGUCCCCGCAGCAAUGUCCCAACAUCUAGUCGAAAGCCUUCCCAGAAGAGUGGAGGCUGUUAUAGCAGCAAAGGGGGGACCAACUCCAUAUUAAUGCCCAUGAUUUUGGAAUGAGAUGUUCGACGAGCAGGUGUUUACAUACGUUUGGUCAUGUAGUGUAACUACAUUUGUUGACUCAUUUCAUUUCAAAUCCAUUUGAUUCAAGGAAGAAUAAUUUGUGUCAAGCUGGGUGAAUGAAUUCAUUUGGCAAGUGAUGGUGUUUGUCGUACAGUGAGGGAAAAAAGUAUUUGAUCCCCUGCUGAUUUUGUACAUUUGCCCACUGACAAAGAAGUGAUCAGUCUAUCAUUUUAAUGGUAGGUUUAUUUGAACAGUGAGAGACAGAAUAACAACAAAAAAAUCCAGAAAAACGCAUGUCAAAAAUGUUAUAAAUUGAUUUGCAUUUUAAUGAGGGAAAUAAGUAUUUGACCCCCUCUCAAUCAGAAAGAUUUCUGGCUCCCAGGUGUCUUUUAUACAGGUAAUGAGCUGAGAUUAGGAGCACACUCUUAAAAGGAGUGCUCCUAAUCUCAGUUUGUUACCUGUAUAAAAAACACCUGUCCACAGAAGCAAUCAAUCAAUCAGAUUCCAAACUCUCCACCAUGGCCAAGACCAAAGAGCUCUCCAAGGAUGUCAGGGACAAGAUUGUAGACCUACACAAGGCUUAAAUGGGCUACAAGACCAUCGCCAAGCAGCUUGGUGAGAAGGUGACAACAGUUGGUGCGAUUAUUCGCAAAUUGAAGAAACAUAAAAUAACUGUCAAUCUCCCUCGGCCUGGGGCUCCAUGCAAGAUCUCUCCUCGUGGAGUUGCAAUGAUCAUGAGAACGGUGAGGAAUCAGCCCAGAACUACACGGGACGAUCUUGUCAAUGAUCUCAAGGCAGCUGGGACCAUAUUCACCAAGAAAACAAUUGGUAACACACUACGCCGUGAAGGACUGAAAUCCUGCAGCGCCCGGAAGGUCCCCCUGCUCAAGAAAGCACAUAUACAGGCCCGUCUGAAGUUUGCCGAUGAACACCUGAAUGAUUCAGAGGAGAACUGGGUGAAAGUGUUGUGGUCAGAUGAGACCAAAAUCGAGCUCUUUGGCAUCAACUCAACUCGCCGUGUUUGGAGGAGGAGGAAUGCUGCCUAUGACCCCAAGAACACCAUCCCCACCGUCAAACAUGGAGGUGGAAACAUUAUGCUUUGGGGGUGUUUUUCUGCUAAGGGGACAGGACAACUUCACCGUAUCAAAGGGAUGAUGGACAGGGCCAUGUAACGUCAAAUCUUGGGUGAGAACCUCCUUCCCUCAGCCAGGGCAUUGAAAAUGGGUCAUGGAUGAGUGUUCCAGCAUGACAAUUACCCAAAACACACGGCCAAGGCUACAAAGGAGUGGCUCAAGAAGAAGCACAUUAAGAUCCUGGAGUGGCCUAGCCAGUCUCCAGACCUUAAUCCCAUAGAAAAUCUGUGGAGGGAGCUGAAGGUUCGAGUUGCCAUACGUCAGCCUCGAAACCUUAAUGACUUGGAGAAGAUCUGCAAAGAGUAGUGGGACAAAAUCCCUCCUGAGAUGUGUGCAAACCUGGUGGCCAACUACAAGAAACGUCUGACCUCUGUGAUUGCCAACAAGGGUUUUGCCACCAAGUACUAAGUCAUCUUUUGAAGAGGGGUCAAAUACUUAUUUCCCUCAUUAAAAUGCAAAUCAUUUAAAAACAUUUUUGACAUGCGUUUUUCUGGAUUUUGUUGUUAUUCUGUCUCUCACUGUUCAAAUAAACCUACCAUUAAAAUUAUAGAAUGAUCAUGUCUUUGUCAGUGGGCAAACAUACAAAAUCAGCAGGGGAUCCAAAAAAUUAUCUGUAAGUGGCUGGGUGCAUGUGUGGUGUACAUGUCAUUGUCUCAGCGUUGUGUUGGAGAGGACAGGGGCAGUAGGGGUUAACAGGGAGAGCAUUUAAGGGUGUUAGUCUUCUCUGGCACAAAAAAACAGCCACUCCAUCAUGGGGACGGUGACAACCUCAUUAAUGUCACAAUAUAUUCAACUCAUCCUGCCCUGUCUGCUGCUAGCCCAAGGCUCACAGAUGCUCCUCUACUGGCCUCUCAAUAGAACAACUGGCUAGACCGCUCAACCAGUCCGCUCAACCCCAACAAAAUAACAGUCUCUUUCUAGAAUCAUACUAUAGAACCACUAUCUGUGGGCCAACAUUCUAUAGUACAUACAUGAGUAAAGGAGGUUUUAUCCUAGGAAGCUAGAUUCUAGAUCAUGUUUGUUAUGUAGUUGUUAUUCUUGGUUGAGGAUAACGUCUAAACUGUACCCCUGUUGUUGACUGUAGGGAGUCUCAUUUACUGGGUUGCGCUCUCAUUUUUUGCCCCUAGCAACCUUUGAAGCUCUGGGGCCCUGCUUUCUCACUCUGUUGUGUUUUUUCUCCACCUGUUGUGUUUUUCUAUCUGCCUUUGCUUUUAUGUCCAUUAUACAGAGCUAUAAUCCUGAGAGAUAUCUGAUCUCUAUUCAUCGAUCUAUAUAUGAUAGUACUCUAUUAUCGAUGUAUCUCGAUUAUAGAGAUAAUAUCUAUAUCUAAGAUGCGAGUGCUAGAUAUUCGGAUGGAGUAUAUUCCGAUAUUUAGAUAUAUCUAUCCUUCUAUCUCUCUCUCUCUCUCGUCUUUCUUUCUCUCUCUUUCUCUCUCUUUCUCUCUUUCUCUCUCUCUCUUUUUCUUCUUUCGUUAUUUCUCUCUCUCUCUCUCUCCUCUAGCUCUCAAUUUCAAUUUCAAUUUAAGGGCUUUAUUGGCAUGCGGAAACGUGUGUUAACAUUGCCAAAGCAAUGGGAAGUAGUAGUAGUAAACAAAAGUGAAAUAAACAAUAAAUAUUAACAGUAAACAUUACACUCAGAAGUUUCAAAAGAAUAAAGACAUUUCAAAUGUCAUAUUAUGUAUAUAUACAGUGUUGUAACAAUGUGCAAAUAGUUAAAGUACAAAUGGGAAAAUAAAUAAACAUAAAUAUCUCUCUCUCUCUCUCUCUCUCUCCUCUCUCUUUCUCUCUCUUCUCUCUCUCUCUUUCUCUCUCUUCUCUCUCUCUCUCUCUCUCUCUCUCUUUCUAUCUCUCUCUCAAUAUGUGGAAGUGAAAUGGCCGGCUGUUGCAUAGGAAUCUGUCCUAUACAAGCCACCCCCUCCCACUGCGAGGGGUGUUUAGAUUGCCUAGUCCCCCCCCCUCCACCACUCCUUCACUCUCAGCGAAUCUAUUUGAUGUGUCCGCAGUGAAUGUUGAGAAGCAGGGAGGGAGGGGGCUGGGGCUUACCCUGAUUGUUUAGGAGGAACAGACUGUGUUUGAAGGAUGGGAUGGGGUGUUGUGUGUGCGUGCAUGUGUGUGCGUGUGGUGGUGGUAAUGGUGGGACGGACAUCCUGAUUCCUCCCUUAAUGUGUGGACCAAUCAAAGGUCAUUCUAUGGUCUUUGUCUAUUCACUGCUACUUUACUCAAUGCUACCAUGGUCCCGCCCCCUCUGUCUCAGUCUCUCUUUCCCUCAAUAAAUCCCUAUUUGGCUUUGUCUUUGGAGCUUGACUAAUUAUCCUUGUUUGUUCCUCUUUAUGUGGAUGCAGUCAUGUGUUGUUGACUUCGUGGGCUGGGUUGAGGAGAAUCAUUCCGCCAUUUGCCACUUAAUUAAGGGGAGGUCAGAAUCCAUUGCUCAGCUCAGGAACUAAACGUGCAGAACUCGUAUAGAAUUAUAAAAGGGCUUCACCACUUAUUUUCCCACAGGUUAUUCUGCAACUGAUGCCGCUGUUAUAUAAAUUAAGAAUUAGAAUUGAAAAAGUAGAGAAUCUAACAGCCUAUUUGACCGUUUUCUUUGAUGUUAUUAGACUUCAGUCUUGAUACUGUAAUCUCUGCUUUGUUUGUUAGCAAACUUUUGGAACAAAGGUUAGCUGUAAGGUAAAGAUAUUAUAAUCGUUGCACACAGAUAUAACACUGAAUUACUGAGGAGGUUCAUGCUGCACCAAGCGCUAAUGCUUUAUCGUUUAAAGAGACAAAAACAGAGGUUUUAAUUGAGAUCUUUGCUCUCACUCUCUUUUCUGCAAGUCCCCUCUGUCCCCUAAACAACAGAGGAAUUUUUAGCAAGUAUGUGUGCAAGGGCGGGGAAAGCAGUGUGUGUGUGCAUGCGUGAGUGUAUGUGUUUUACAGUGUGUGCGUGUGUCGAGGGUAACCAUCAGCUUGACUUCCUGAAUAUCAUCCCCUGCUUACAAAGUUCACUCUCUAUCUCCUUUACUUUCCCCUCUCUUUUCUCCUCCCGCUUUGACAUGCUAAAUCUGCUGAUUUUAUUUUUCUUCCUCCUGCGGAGAGGAAGUGUCCUUUUCAAGGAUCUCGGCUUUCCCCCUGACUGCCUAAACCCUGCCUAUGUUUGGAUUGUUGUUCUAUUUCAAACAAAAGACAGAGGCGGGAUUACCAUUUCACUUCCUUUCACAGCCUACCUUUCAAGUGGUGUAGCAGCUGAGGAAUUUGAGUCGCCACCGCUGGGCCACUUCCCUUUUUCUUAAACAGAACUCUAUAGUACCAGUGUGGUUACGUUUGGACCCGAACUACUGGGAUUGAGGUCUUUUUGUGGCUUCAAGGCCUGUAUUCACAAAUAGGAUAUAUAAUCAGUUUAGCCUUUUAGAUCGUAUUGAAUGAGAUUUAACAGGGAGGACCUGAUCCCGGAUUAGCCCUCCUACUUUGAGACUGCUUUGUGAAUACGGGCCUUGGGCUCCUUUCUGGGACGUUGACAUCUUCUUAAUGGUUCUCAGCCUUUUUGUUUAACAUCCUGGCGCUAACUUUCUGCCUCAUUUAGCUCAUGUCAAUUCACUGGGCUCUCCUCCCUAGAUCUGGGAUCCCAUUCAUUCAGUGGGUUAGCUCUCUGAGGCAAACCUUGGCUAACUGCCCUAUUUGACUUCAUCACAAAUUCCAGAUUCUACCAAAACAAAAUAUUAGGCAGUAAAUCUGACUAUUACCAAAGGCUGGGGAAUGUUUUUAACUUACACCAUAAAACUGCUGGCCGCUCCAAUCGCUGCUCCAAUCGCCAUCCUUAAGAAAAUAGUUAUUCACCCACCACACUGUGGAAGUCGUAAGGUGAGUUUAGAGUUAUGCCUGUACCAUUGAGCUAAUUUGAAGAAUCGUAUAAGUAACACUUAACUUAACCUUGAGGUAUAAUGCUUUAUAACUGGUUAUAAGCAUGUAUGCAGGCUUUAUGUGGUGUUACUGAACUCCUCUCUAAACAUAAAACAAUUUCCGUUCUCCCAGUGUAAUUAGCAAUCCUAUAUUGAGUAAAGGACAGUGCAAGAGUUCAGGGUGACUGUUUUAUCUGCCAGGCUGAGCAUUAACUAUUAAUGGUGGUUAGCAGUUCAUCAACUUCCGUGCGGGCACUGACAAAGGCAGCUGUGAUGUGGGCCAGGUCUGUCAGUGGAGAGGAGAGGUAGGCUAAUUAACCACUUUAGUUAAGGCUGAUGCUGCUGAGAGCUGUGUGGAGUGGGCCUGGCAGGUGACAUACUAUUUGUAAAAAAAAAUAUUUAACCUUUAUUUUACUAGGCAAGUCAGUUAAGAACAAAUUAUUAUUUACAAUGACGGCCUACACCGGCCAAACCCGGACGACGCUGGGCCAAUUGUACGCCACCCUAUGGGACUCCCAAUCACAGCCGGUUGUGAUACAGCCUGGAAUCGAACCAGGGGGUCUGUAGUGACGCCUCAAGCACUGAGAUGCAGUGCCUUAGACCGCUGCGCCACUCGGGAGCGCAUCGGAUUCGGAAAGUAUUCAGACCCCUUGACUGUUCCCACAUUUUGUUACGUUACAGCCUUAUUCUAAAAUGGAUUGAAUUAUUUUUUUCACCAAUCUACACAAUACCCCAUGGUGACAAAGCGAAAACAGUUUUUUUGAAAUGUUUGCACAUUUAUUAAAAAUCAAAAAAAACUUUUUUACAUAAUUAUUCAGACCCUUUGCUAUGAGCCUUGAAAUUGAGCUCAGGUGCAUCCUGUUUCCAUUUAUCAUCCUUGAGGUGUUUCUACAACUUUAUUGGAGACCACCUGUGGUAAAUUCGAUUGAUUGGACAUGAUUUGGAAAGGCACACACCUGUCUAUAUAAGGUCCCACAGUUGAGAGUGUAUGUCAGAGCAAAAACCAAGCCAUGAGGUCAAAGGAAUUGUCCAUAGAGCUCCGAGAGAGGAUUGUGUCGAGGCACAGAUCUGGGGAAGGGUACCAAAAAAUUUCUGCAGCAUUGAAGGUCCCCAAGAACACAGUGGCCUCCAUCAUUCUUAAAUGGAAGAAGUUUGGAAACACCACAACUCUUCAGAGAGCUGGCCGCCCGGCCAAACUGAGCAAUCAGGGGAGAAGGGCCUUGGUCAGGGAGGUGACCAAGAACCCAAUGGUCACUCUGACAGAGCUCCAGAGUUCCUCUGUGGAGAUGGCAGAACCUUCCAGAAGGACAACCAUCUCUGCAGCACUCCACCAAUCAGGCCUUUAUGGUAGAGUGGCCAGACGGAAGCCACUCCUCAGUAAAAGGCACAUGACAGCCCGCUUGGAGUUGCCAAAAGGCACCUAAAGGACUCUCAGACCAUGAGAAACAAGAUUUUCUAGUCUGAUGAAACCAAGAUUGAACUCUUUGGCCUGAAUGCCAAGCGUCACAUCUGGAGGAAACCUGGCACCAUCCCUACGGUGAAGCAUGGUGGUGACAGCAUCAUGCUGUGGGGAUGUUUUUUAGUGGCAGGAACUGGGAGACUAGUCAGGAUCAAGGGAAAGAUGAAUGGCGCAAUGUAAAGAGAGAUCCUUGAUGAAAACCUGCUCCAGAGUGCUCAGGACCUCUGACUGAGGCGAAGGUUCACCUUCCAACAGGACAACAACCCUAAGCACACAGCCAAGAGAUCGCAGGAGUGGCUCUGAAUGUCCUUGAGUGGCCCAGCCAGAGCCCGGACUUGAACCCGAUCGAACAUCUCUAGAGUGACCUGAAAAUAGCUGUGCAGCGAUGUUCCCCAUCCAACCUGACAGAGCUUGAGAGGAUCUGCGGAGAAGAAUGGGAGAAACUCCCCAAAUACAGGUGUGCCAAGUAUGUAGAUUCUUUCCCAAGAAGACUCUAGGCUGUAAUCGCUGCCAAAGGUGCUUCAACAAAGUGCUGAGUAAAGGGUCUGAAUACUUAUGUGAAUGUGAUACAAAAAAAACGGUUUUUGCUUUGUCAUUUUGGGGUAUUGUGUGUAGAUUGAUGAGGAAAUAAAACAAUUUAAUCAAUUUUAGAAUAAGGCUCUAACGUCACAACAUGUGGAAAAAGUCAAGGGGUCUGAAUACUUUCCGAAUGCACUGAAACUCUGUUCCAAUAUCCACACUAGCAUACCACUUAGAAUAAAGCAACAUGUUGGACAUGGAUUUCUGAUGGUGUGCUAGUGUAGACAUUGCAACAUAGCCACAAGUCAGUCUGAGGAUUGUCUUCAGACCGAUGGCGUCAUGCUAACGUGACACAUUGCCAUGAGCUAUUUGUAAUUAUUUGUAAUUUUGUCUGCUAUCUAGGUCUACUUACUGAUUGUUUGAAGUGUAAAGUGACGUUAGUGUCCAUACAGAUCCGUUGGCAGUCAGUGUCCUGGGGAAUCCUUGUCACUCCAACCAGCGACAGAGUCGUUUGCCCAUAUCAGUGUGAGCCCCUUCUCUCUGUCACUCACCCAGACGCCCAAACAACAGCCCCUUUCUACUUCCCUUAUCACUCCGCUUGACGGGGUCGCGGGGUCAGAGCCACACUGAGCAUUCACUGUAUUGAUUUUAAUUUUUUUCCAACUAUUUGGAUGGUUUGGCAGUUUGUGUGUGGGUGGGUGGGAGAAAAGAGAACUGGGGAGUCAAGAUUCAAGAUGUAGAGCGAUGGAGAGAUAGAAGUCUGACUGGCAGAGAGUGGAGGGAGAUGGGUCCCUCCUCCUCUCCUCUUCUCCAUUCUCUGGCUCUAUAACUGAAGGAGGCCCAGCCCCAGCUCCAGUCCCUUCUCUGGCUGCCAUUCAAGCCCAUCGAUCGGCUUCCCAUCCCGGGCACCCCAGGGGAUGCGGGGACCCAAGCGCUGGAAGUCUCCUUUGUGGGGGAUCCUCCAGUUAUCCAGUUCCGACUGACGGCUGACAGCACUGAUAAAAACAGGUCCCCCUUUCCUCCUCUCCUGUAUUGUCCACAGCAGACAUGCUGUUCACAAUGUGUAACCUUUAGAUAGCUGACUAGACUCUACUCUCCUGCUGCAGACGAUUAUCAGUGGAGGUGGGAUACAGUUUCAGCAUCUGGCCCCUCCACUGAGCCCUUUCAUCAUCAGUGUCCUGACACUCAGAGGUUACACUAGGCUCCCUAUUAGAGAAAAUACAUGAUUGAGACAAUGGAGUGACUGUUAGGAUUGUUCUUAAGGAUCGUUCUUAAGUGGUUGCAUGUGGUCUAGACCCUAUGAGUACUGUGGAAUACAGUUACUCCAAAACCUGCCAGCAUUUCCUUGGACCCCUACCAUCCCGCCGAUCAAUUUAUUUUAUUUUGUGAAUAAUUAUCAUGGCUUUAGAUUACAAACUAUCUAUUAAUUUAAUUGAAAAUCCCAUUUCAGUCACUAUUUUAUCAUUGUUUCUUGUUUUUCGGUCCUCUGUAACAUCACUGACCCUCUGUAACUCUGUAUGUCAUAUCUCUUCUCUCUUUCCUUACCACCAGGGAGGAGAGGGAACGGUGGAUCCGGGCUAAGUAUGAGCAGAAGCUGUUCCUGGUGGGUCUCCCCCAGUCGGACGUGCCCCUGGGGCAGCAGCUGCUCCGGGCCGUGGUGGAGGACGACCUGAGGCUGGUGGUGCUGCUGCUGGCCCACGGCACCAAGGAGGAGGUCAAUGAGACGUACGGGGACGGGGACGGACGCACCGCCCUGCAUCUGUCCUGCGCCAUGGCCAACGUGGUCAUCACCCAGCUUCUCAUCUGGGUGAGUAGGUUGAGGUUUGAGAGGGGAUGGUUUUCAACCUUUAAUCAAGGUUGAUUAUCUUCCUGGUUGAAUAAAGAUUGAAUGAUAAUGAAUAGGAUAAGAUGGUUAAAGUGUUAGAUAGAUAGGGAAAAUGUUAUGGUCCGGGUCAGGAGUGUUUCCUGAGCAUGUUGACAUGACCAGGAAAGACUCCUGGCUGUGGAGGAAACUUUAGUGCUUUGUGAGAAUCUACUCAACUAGCUAGACCACAAUGUCAACUACACCUCUCUCUGUCCAGUCCACUUAUUCUCCUCCUCACACUUCUCCUCUGUUCCCUCAGUACGGUGUGGACGUGAAAAGUCGGGACGCGCGCGGCCAGACGCCGCUGUCCUGUGCCCGGCGGGCAGGAAGCCAGGAGUGUUCUGACAUCCUGCUCCAACACGGCUGCCCCAAUGACCCCGUCAGCAGCAGCAGCCUCACCACCCCCAACAUGAGCCGCAGAAACCCCAAUGUUAACCCCAACCCUAACGUCAACAACAACAACGCCCUCAGUGAGCUCAACCGCAGUGUCAGUAUAAUGUAGGACCAGGAGUGGAUCAUCCCAGAGCAGACCGUAGUUGACUUGACUCACCGAUCACCAAGGCCCGUAAACAUACACACACUGUUCCCCAUAGACUAUCCAGUGAUCGUACUUCUCUCCCCGUUCUCCUCCUACUGCGCUUCAUACUGUGUAACCUAGACUGAGUGACUGGCAGUGGAGGUUUUUUUGUGCGCAACGGACAGGAUAGAGAUAUUCCAAGACGCUGAGAGAGGCAGGCUUACCUGGUGGACAUUGUAUAUUGUAUUUGUUUGGUUGUUGUUUUUCUCACAUCAUUAGCACAGCGGUACAUCUGUCAGUAAUGAUUAUGAUCAGUUUAAAGCUUUUUAUUGUUAUUAAGCAUCAACCAAAUGAAUGGCUCACCCCUCCCCUCCCUACUAAAACAGUUCAUUUUUAUGCUUGAACAUUUCCUUUCAUGUCGUCCACUGUUGGAGCCAAACUGUGUUUUUAUUGUGCUGUUAUAUGAAAUGACAAAAUCCUUCCAUUAAUGCUUCCAUGUCUAUAUAGAGAAAGAUAAACACCUUCGUAACAUUUUGCUUUAGAUACUCCAAAGGAACUUGUUGGAUGCACAGCGUUUGCUGAGUGGUAUCAUCCAUAGUCAUACAGGAAAUAAACUAUUACUAUAGAUAGUGUAAUACGGUUUACAGCAAGUCCUCCAUAUCACACCAAUUUCAGAAUUAUUAAGGUUCUAUAUGAACCAGUUAUUAUUGGUACUAUGAAGCCAUCAAACUCUUGACAUACCAUUCAUGUACAAAAGCAACGCAUGUCUAGGUAGGUGGAAGGUCAAAAAUGAUUGAAAUACUUUGCUUACGGGCAAAAGGUUUAAAUCAUAAUUUGACAUUUAAGAGAAGAUUGCACAAUGGGAGAAUUUUGGGAGAUAGUUAAGUGAGUCAUUUGUUCUUCCACCCUGAUCAUGAUCCGCUUGCGAAUCAUCCAUGAUUAUAAGGGAAUUGAGGGUCUGUUUUAUGAGCAUCAUGUCGAUUGGUUUUUGUAAAAAUGCCUCUUCAAUCAGAAAUCAUGCAGAGGAAUGAUUGAAGGAAGGAAAUUGUAUCAUUAAGAGAUCUUUGUUGGAGUAAGUGUUGAUAAUUAUUUGACACAGAUCACAUAACCUGUCCCCUACAGGCAUAAUGGAAUAUCUGUUCACCUCUUGUAGCCGAAGGCCCUGUAUAUUGGCACUCAUGAUUAUAUUUCUUCUGUUGCUUUGAACUAUGUGGUGCGUUUGUGCGUGUACAUGCGUGUGCUUCUGUAUGAGUGUGUGAGAGAGGAAGUGACUGGGUAAAUCUGUGUAAGGACACCAUUGGGAGAAAAGGCUAGCAUUUAUAGUUGUUUGACUAAAAGGUUUUUGGAGCGAAAAGGUGUUUUCAAGUACAGACCACUGUAAAAAGCAGGGGUUGGAACCGGUUCAGGGAACUGAAACGAAAACCGGAAAAUAACAACAUUUUUGAGAAACAGAACCGGGAACGAAAAUGAUUUAUACUGUUCCAGAAUAGAAGUGUUAUUUUAAAAGCAUGGGAACUGGUUAAUAACGUUAUUUUAUGUUCCGGGCAUUUUUUCCAGUCCCACAAAAAACACAACAAAGAGCCUAUGUAAAGCCCUCGCUCUGUCACUCAGAAACUUCUUCCAGUGUCUGCCUGCAAGCUGAAAGUCUUUGCCAUUGUGUGUGCAUGUGUAGACAUACACAAGCUUGUUAGCUAACUCUGGUCCAGCGUUAAGCCAACUCUUGGAACUCUCAGAGUGGACCGGACUCACCGAUCACCAAGGCCCCUCCGAUCACCAAGGCUCAGCGCUUCCAUAGAAGCCACUCCUCUGUAGGUAACGUAUAAUUCUGUGGGCAUAAUUCAGAUAAUGCAUGUCAUAACAAGCCUUCUCCUCCACCCUCUCGCUCUCCCCACCCGGGGGAGUCGCAUCUGGCGCCCUACACUUGUCUGUCCAUCACGCAUGUAAACAACUAGCUUGCCCGCUCCAUAGCAAGCUACUCAAGGGAUCAAAACAAGUAUAUUAAUGUGUCAAACCAUUGAGAUAGACUGAAAGGGUCAAGAAGGGAUGGAGAGAAAAGCCAAGAUAACUUUACAGUCUUUAUGGCAAUUCUUCAUGAUAACAUCAUAUGUAUAUAUCAGUACUUAGACAUGACAAGACAAAACAAGAUGGAGGAGGAGGGACUUUGACAUUCGGAACAAUCAAGUGUAGCUCCCCUGUAGCUCAGUUGGUAGAGCAUGGCGCUUGCAACGCCAGGGUUGUGGGUUCGUUUCCCACGGGCGGCCAGUAUGAAAAUGUAUGCACUCACUAACUGUAAGUCGCUCUGGAUAAGAGCGUCUGCUAAAUGACUAAAAUGUAAAUAUAUUGGCAUAAAGUCUAUAGAGACAUUUCUUUUUCCUCGCUCUUCUGCCGUUUUAAGGAUUGAAAAUUAAAACCCAGUUUUCUGGUCUUUAAUUUUACUAUGGCAGUGUUUAUGUUUACAGGGCAAAGGCUCUUCAUAUUAACCCUGUUACAUUAUAUACAUGGUUUUGUUAUUUCCCAGCAGGCUAAACUGGUUGGAAUUACAUCAGUACAACCAUAUUUCAACCUGGUUACAACCAUAUUAUAACCUGGUUGUAAACUGGUUGUAAUGACGACAUUUAAUCCAGCUUUGCCCACUGUGUUCCCUCAGUAUUUGUAGUUUAUUGAAGCCCACAGAAUUUAAAGAUGUGGUCAAUCAGGAAUAGUGUCAAAUACAGGAUGCACUUCCAUCCCUGUUGUCCUGAAUUGGCCCUCAGAUUCAACCAAGUUACAUUUAGACUGAUGGUCAACAGAGCUUGUAGACAGCCUUAAGUUAUAACUACAUUGACGAGUUGGCUUUUUCCUUUGGUGUACAGUACGUGUACAAACCACCAUGGCACCAAUGUAUUUCAAUGAAUUCUCAAGUACAUUUCAAAGUAUGUCUGAUAUACGGUAGUAGAUUAUUUCCUAUAGAGGAGUUGAAGGUAUAUACUUACCUGAUGCCAUAGGACCGUAUUCACCCUUGUAAUAUUUCCCUUCCCCACUACUCUUAAUGUUGCCUGACUAUAACCAUUGUUCUAAGGAAAAUGUUUUCCCCCAAAGACAGGCUGUUCUGAUAUGGCACCCUAUUCCCUAAAUAUUGCACUACUUUUGACCAGAGUUCAGUGCGGUACCUGGUCAAAAGUAGUCCGCUAUAAAGGGAGUAGGUUACUAUUUCGGACGCAACGAGGAUGUAGAUAUGGGUCCAAGAUUCUCUAUGACCAGACAAGCUCCCAGACAAACAAUUGAAAAUAUUUUUGUUUACGGUCAGUCUUCCUUGACUUGUAAACCCUAUUUUGAUAUCUUUUAAAAAAUGUCUUCAUUGUUUUUAAGCAUAUUUUUAGGUACUUUGGUUAGGUCUCAAUGUAGCUACAUUAUCUGACCAUUUGAGGUACUUUGUGUAUAAUGAUGUACAUUUGACAUAUUUAUAAUGCAGUAUGUAAAUAUUGUUUGUUUUUGUUUAAUUUUCCUAUUGUAUUAUUUUUUUCUCUUUACGUUCGGAACGUGAAAGAAAGCGUAAAGCUAGGUGUGUGCUUGGACGUUUGGCUGCCUGUUGACCUAUUCAUCAAAACUCCAAUAAAACAAUGUAGCCUUUCCUGGAUUUGGGAAAUAACAAAAUGUUUGAAAUGUGUCUCUCUCUUUGCAUCAUCUUUGAUUGACUUGUGUAAGUGAUGUACUUGUGUAUGUAUUGUAUGUGCUAGCAUCAUCUGAAGCAGAAGCUUACAUUGCGACCACUCUUAAACCAUGGGGCCACUCCCAAGGCAACAUUUAAAACUCAGCUGUCUUACACAAGCCCUCCAUUUUCUUAAUAGCAGUUCCUAUCUAAUAGUCUGUGUGAUAUACUGUACAUGGAUGAGUAUGUGUUGUGCCAAUAUAUGAUUAAUACAUUUAAAAGUAUUCUUCCAUGUACUGUAGGUCAUGGAUAUAGGAUCAUUAGUCAGCCUCACUCAGUCAGAUCCAUUGAAGUUAGAUAAUAAAGACAACCCACUGGUUAUACUGUGUUUCAAUUGAGCAUCAGUUUUGGGACACUGAGGAUAGCCCGUUGGUGUAUAUUGUGUAUUUCAUUAGUAUUCAUGUUUAUUGUGUAUACCAUUGGUAUUCAUGUGUAUUGUGUGUUUACCAUUGUUAUUAUUGUGUUUCAGGAGUACCAGAGCUUGGCAGAGGACAGAGCUCUGAUGCUUCCUUCCUCUGCCAGCCCUUCAGCUAAGUGGUGUUGCCCCCUCUACCCCUCCAUUUCCUGCUCAUGGGGCCCCCCAAUAGUCCCAAUAGUCUCUCAGUAAGGAGGAUUAAGAUAAAGAGCCAGGCUUAGUGUCAGGCAGCAUGACAGGCAGCAUGACGCGGCGGGGGAAAGUGAAAGGUCUCAGUGUCAAGACGCGUCAAAGCACACCACUAAUCCACUCCUUAUUUUCAGCUUAUCUGCUCUCGCUAAUACAGGGGGGCUCUGUGCUUCACCUCUCGGUUUUCUCUUCUGUUGUCUUUUAUUACCUGCUUGUCUUUUUCUUUUCUUCUUCCUUCCUCUUUGCAGACUGAGGUGUUCGUGUUUAAGCGCAUGCGCAGUUGCACACACACACACACACACAUACACCCACACACUUAGUUGAGAGAGUAGCUUAUACAAUAUCAGCACCAGUGGUGUAUACUCUAAUUUUGCCAAAAAGUUGCCAAAUGGCCCGCCCGGCGAUGGGAAGGUGCCGUGUGUGAAAUAUUCUAUGAGAAACAGUGACAUAAACUCUAAAUGACCUACAAUGACAAAUCCCAUUUUGGUCUUUCACAGUCAGGCCAACCCAAGCUGUACUGUGCAAGUAGGCUAAAAGUAGUCCUACUAUUGAAACAGAUAAAUGAGGCUGUCAAAUGAGUCAGACAUUCACAGGUCUCAGAUUUUUCCAAUUUAUUCAGGUUUUUGCUCUCAAAGUCACACUGUUUUAAUAGAAAAACAACAAACUGGAUGUUAUAAAUCCAUAACAAUGUGUAAACCACAUCAGGAGACCACUUUUGAGGUCUGGGUCAAAUCUAAGAUAUUUAGAUGUUUUAAUUCAAGUGCGCAGGCACCUAGCACUGUUGUUUGUCUAGUGGUGUUGCCAGAAGAUAACGACCCUACCGUUACGCUUGUUUACGCUGAGCUGCACUGGGGUCGGAACGCUAGCAGUAGCCACUGCAGCCAUUUUGGAAUGGCAGCGUCAGGCAAUCAGCUCCUUUGUUGUUCAACGCGAUGUGUCAUUCCAUAAUGGCUGCUGUGGGUACUGCUAGCUAGCAUGAGGAUGGAAAGGCCAGUUUCCCAGAAAACCAGCAGUAUUUCAACAUACUCUUAAGUAUCAGUGUUGAUGAAGGUAAACUUUGGAGUACAGUGGCAUAUCCCAUCCCUGCAUUGAGGUACGUUUUCCGAUCCAUUUCUCGCGCUGUCUCCAGUGUCUUAAUGUAACCAUGAUUGCGUUCCGACCCCAGUGCAGCUCAGUGUAAGUACAGUGCCUUGCAAAAGUAUUCAUCCCCCUUGGCAUUUUUCCUAUUUUGUUGCAUUACAACCUGUAAUUUAAAUGGAUUUUUAUUUGGGUUUCAUGUAAUGGACAUACACAAAAUAGUCCAAAUUGGUGAAGUGAAAUGAAAACAAUAACUUGUUUCAAAGAAUUCUAAAAAAAUUAAUAACGGAAUGGUGGUACGUGCUAUGAAGCCCCUAAAUAAGAUCUGUUGCAACCAAUUACCUUCAGAAGUCACAUAAUUAGUUAAAUAAAGUCCACCUGUGUGCAAUAUAAGUGUCACAUGAUCUGUCACAUGAUCUCAGUAUAUAUAUACACCUGUUCUGAAAGGGCCCAGAGUCUGCAACACCACUAAGCAAGGGGCACCACCAAGCAAGCGGCACCAUAAAGACCAAGGAGCUCUCCAAACAGGUCAGGGACAAAGUUGUGGAGAAGAUCAGAUCAGGGUUGGGUUAUAAAAAAAAGAUCAGAAACUUUGAAUAUCCCAUGGAGCACCAUUAAAUCCACAGACGAUGCAAUCGCCAUCACACUGCACACUGCCCUAUCCCAUCUGGACAAGAGGAAUACCUAUGUAAGAAUGCUGAUCAUUGACUAUAGCUCAGCAUUCAACACCAUAGUAACCUCCAAGCUCAUCAUCAAGCUCGAGGCCCUGGGUCUGACCCCCGCCCUGUGCAACUGGGUCCUGGACUUCCUGACGGGCCGCCCCCUGGUGGUGAAGGUAGGAAACAACAUCUCCACUUCGCUGAUCCUCAACACUGGGGCCCCACAAGGGUGCGUGCUCAGCCGCCUCCUGUACGCCCUGUUCACCCAUGACUGCGUAGCCAAGCACACCUCCAACUCAAUCAUCAAGUUUGCAGACGACACAACAGUAGUAGGCUUGAUUACCAACAAUGACGAGACCGCCUAAAGGGAGGAGGUGAGGGCUCUGGGAGUGUGGUGCUAGGAAAAUAACCUCUCACUCAACGUCAACAAAACAAAGGAGAUGAUCGUGGACUUCAGGAAACAGCAGAGGGUGCACCCCCCUAUACACAUUGACGGGACCGCAGUGGAGAAGGUGGAAAGCUUCAAGUUCCUUGGCGUACACAUCACCGACAAACUGAAAUGGUCCACCCACACAGACAGUGUGGUGAAGAAGGCGCAACAGAGCCUCUUCAACCUCAGGAGGCUGAAGAAAUUUGGCUUGGCACCUAAAACCCUCACAAACUUUUACAGAUGCACAAUUGAGAGCAUCCUGUCGGGCUGUAUCACCACCUGGUACAGCAACUGCACUGCCCGAAGGUGGUGCGGUCUGCCGAACGCAUUAUCGGGGGCAAACUACCCGCCCUUCAAGACACAUACAGCACCCGAUGUCACAGGAAGGCCAAAAAGAUCAUCAAGGACAUCAACCACCCGAGCCACUGCCUGUUCACCCCCCUAUCAUCCAGAAGGCGGUACAGUACAGGUGUAUCAAAGCUGGGACCGAGAGAAUGAAAAACAGCUUCUAUCUCAAGGCCAUCAGACUGUUAAAUAGCCAUCACUAGCACAUUAGAGGCUGCUGCCUAUUGAAAUCACUGGCCACUUUAAGAAAUGGAACACUAGUCACUUUAAUAAUGUUUACAGUCACUUUAAUAAUGUUUACAUAUCUUGCACUACUCAUCUCAUAUGUUUAUACUGCAUUCUAUUCUAUAAUAUUCUACUGUAUCUUAGUCCAUGCCGCUCUGUCAUUGCUUGUCCAUAUAUGUAUAUUUUCUUAAAGUCCAUUCCUUGCUAGUUUUGUGUGUAUUAGGUAUAUGUUGUGAAAUUGUUAGAUAUUACUUGUUAGAUAUUACUGCACUGUCGGAGCUUGAAGCACAAGCAUUUCGCUACACCCGCUAUAACAUCUGCUAAACACAUGUAUGUGACAAAUAACAUUUUAUUUUAUUUUAUUUGAAAAGGCAUGUGGGAGACUCCCCAAACAUAUGGAAGAACGUACACUGGUCAGAUGAGGCUAACAUUUAGCUUUUUGGCCAUCAAGGAAGACGCUAUGUCUGGCGCAAACCCAACACCUCUCAUCACCCCGAGAACACCAUCACCACAGUGAAGCAUGGUGGUGGCAGCAGCAUGCUGUGGGGAUGUUUUUCAUCGGCAGGGACUGGGAAACUGGUCAGAAUUGAAGGAAUGAUGGAUGGCGCUAAGAACAGGGAAAUUAUUGAGGGAAACCUGUUUGUCUUCCAGAGAUUUGAGACUGGGAUGGAGGUUCACCUUCCAGCAGGACAAUGACCCUAAGUAUACUGCUAAAGCAACACUCGAGUGGUUUAAAGUGAAACAUUUAAAUGUCUUGGAAUGGCCUAGUCAAAUCCCAGACCUCAAUCCAAUUGAGAAUCUGUGGUAUGACUUAAAGAUUGCUGUACACCAGAGGAACCCAUCCAACCUGAAGGAGCUGGAGCAGUUUUGCCUUGAAGAAUGGGCAAAUAUCCCAGUGGUUAGAUAUGCCAAGCUUAUAGAGACAUACCCCAAGAGACUUGCAGCUGUAAUUGCUGCAAAAGGUGCCUCUACAAAGUAUUGACUUGUUAUGCACGCUCAAGUUUUCAGUUUUUUUGUCUUAUUUCUUGUUUGUUUCACAAUAAAAAAUAUUUUGCAUCUUCAAAGUGGUAUUUGCAUCUUCAAGAAAGUAUUCAUACCCCUUGACUUAUUCCAUAUUUUGUUGUUACAGCUUGAAUUCAAAAUGAUGAAAUAAAAAAACAUCUCACCCAUCUACAGUGGGGAAAAAAAGUUUUUAGUCAGCCACCAAUUGUGCAAGUUCUCCCACUUAAAAAGAUGAGAGAGGCCUGUAAUUUUCAUCAUAGGUACACGUCAACUAUGACAGACAAAAUGAGGAAAAAAAAUCCUGAAAAUCAGAUUGUAGGAUUUUUAAUAAAUGUAUUUGCAAAUUAUGGUGGAAAAUAAGUAUUUGGUCAAUAACAAAAGUUUCUCAAUACUUUGUUAUAUACCCUUUGUUGGCAAUGACACAGGUCAAACGUUUUUUGUAAGUCUUCACAAGGUUUUCACACACUGUUGCUGGUAUUUUGGCCCAUUCCUCCAUGCAGAUCUCCUCUAGAGCAGUGAUGUUUUGGGGCUGUCGCUGGGCAACACAGACUUUCAACUCCCUCCAAAGAUUUUCUAUGGGGUUGAGAUCUGGAGACUGGCUAGGCCACUCCAGGACCUUGAAAUGCUUCUUACGAAGCCACUCCUUCAUUGCCCGGGCGGUGUGUUUGGGAUCAUUGUCAUGCUGAAAGACCCAGCCACGUUUCAUCUUCAAUGCCCUUGCUGAUGGAAGGAGGUUUUCACUCAAAAUCUCACGAUACAUGGCCCCAUUCAUUCUUUCCUUUACACGGAUCAGUCGUCCUGGUCCCUUUGCAGAAAAACAGCCCCAAAGCAUGAUGUUUCCACCCCCAUGCUUCACAGUAGGUAUGGUGUUCUUUGGAUGCAACUCAGCAUUCUUUGUCCUCCAAACACAACAAGUUGAGUUUUUACCAAAAAGUUAUAUUUUGGUUUCAUCUGACCAUAUGACAUUCUCCCAAUCCUCUUCUGGAUCAUCCAAAUGCACUCUAGCACGCUUCAGACGGGCCUGGAUAUGUACUGGCUUAAGCAGGGGGGCACGUCUGGCACUGCAGGAUUUGAGUCCCUGGCGGCGUAGUGUGUUACUGAUGGUAGGCUUUGUUACUUUGGUCCCAGCUCUCUGCAGGUCAUUCACUAGGUCCCCCCGUGUGGUUCUGUGAUUUUUGCUCACCGUUCUUGUGAUCAUUUUGACCCCACGGGGUGAGAUCUUGCGUGGAGCCCCAGAUCGAGGGAGAUUAUCAGUGGUCUUGUAUGUCUUCCAUUUCCUAAUAAUUGCUCCCACAGUUGAUUUCUUCAAACCAAGCUGCUUACCUAUUGCAGAUUCAGUCUUCCCAGCCUGGUGCAGGUCUACAAUUUUGUUUCUGGUGUCCUUUGACAGCUCUUUGGUCUUGGCCAUAGUGGAGUUUGGAGUGUGACUGUUUGAGGUUGUGGACAGGUGUCUUUUAUACUGAUAACAAGUUCAAACAGGUGCCAUUAAUACAGGUAACGAGUGGAGGACAGAGGAGCCUCUUAAAGAAGAAGUUACAGGUCUGUGAGAGACAGAAAUCUUGCUUGUUUGUAGGUGACCAAAUACUUAUUUUCCACCAUAAUUUGCAAAUAAAUUCAUUAAAAAUCCUACAAUGUGAUUUUCUGGAGAGAAAAAAUCUCAAUUUGUCUGUCAUAGUUGACGUGUACCUAUGAUGAAAAUUACAGGCCUCUCUCAUCUUUUUAAGUAGGAGAACUUGCACAAUUGGUGGCUGACUAAAUACUUUUUUUCCCCACUGUACAUACAAUACUCUGUAGUGAAAAAGUUAAAACAUGUGUUUAGACAUUUUUGCAAAUACACAACAUAACCAAAAUUAUGUGGCCAACUGCUCGUCGAACAUCUAAUUUCAAAAUCAUGGGCAUUAAUAUGGAGUUGGUCCUCCCUUUGCUGCUAUAACAGCCUCCACUCUUCUGGGAAGGCUUUCCACUAGAUGUUGGAACAUUGCUGCGGGGACUUGCUUCCAUUCAGCCACGAGCAUUAGUGAGGUCGGGCACUUAUGUUGGGAGCUUAGGCUUGACUCGCAGUGGGUGUUCCAAUUCAUCCCAAAGGUGUUCCAUGGGGUUGAGGUCAGGACUCUAUGCAGGCCAGUCAAGUUCUUCCACACCGAUCUCGACAAACCAUUUUUGAAUGGACCUCGCUUUGUGCAUGGGGGCAUUGUCAUGCUGAAACAAGAAAGGAAAAGGGCCCCAAACUGUUGCCGCAAAGUUGGAAGCACAGAAUCGUCUUGAAUAUCAUUGUAUGCUGUAGCGUUAAGAUUUCCCUUUACUGGAACUAAGGGGCCUAGCCCGAACCAUGAAAAACAGCCCCAGACCAUUAUUCCUCCUCCACCAAACUUUACAGUUGACACUAUGCAUUCGGGCAGGUAGCAUUCUCUUGGCAUCCGCCAAACCCAGAUUUGUCCGUCAGACUGCCAGAUGGUGAAGCUUAAUUCAUCACUCCAGAGAACGCGUUUCCACCACUCUAGAGUCCAAUGGCGGCGAGCUUUACACCACUCCAGCCGACGCUUGGCAUUGCGCAUGGUGAUCUUAGGCUUGUGUGCGGCUGCUCGGCCAAGGAAACCCAUUUCAUGAAGCUCCCGACAAACAGUUCUUGUGCUGACGUUGCUUCCAGAGGCAGUCUGAAACUCUGUAGUGAGUGUUGCAACCGAGUACAGACGAUUGUUAUGUGCUAUGCGCUUCAGCACUAGCGGUCCUGUUCUGUGAGCUUGUGUGGCCUACCACUUCGUGGCUGAGCCAUUGUUGCUCCUAGACAUUUCCACUUCACAAUAACAGCACUUACAGUACAGUUGACCGGGGCAGCUCUAGCAGGGCAGAAAUGUGACGAAAUGACUUGUUGGAAAGGUGGCAUCCUAUAACGGUGCCACGUUGAACGUCACUGAGCUCUUCAGUAAGGCCAUUCUACAGCCAAUAUUUGUCUAUGGAGAUUGCAUGCCUGUGUGCUCGAUUUUAUACACCUAUCAGCAACAGGUUUGGCUGAAAUAGCCAAAUCCACUCAUUCAAAGGGGUGUCCACAUACUUUUGUAUGUAUGAUCGUCGGAGACCAGCCACCCAGACAUCUGAUGAAACUGAGGAGUAUUUCUGUCUGUAAUAAAGCCCUUUUGUGGGGAAAAACGUAUUCUGAUUGGCCUAAGUGUGUGGGCCUAUGCCCUCCCAGGCCCACCCGUGGCUGCGCCCUUUCCCAGUCAUGUAAAAUCCAUAGAUUAGGGCCUAAUGAAUUUAUUGCAAUUGGUUGAUUUCCUUAUAUGAACUGUAACUCAGUAAAAUCUUAGAAAUUGCUGAAUGUUGCAUUUAUAUUUUUGUUCAGUAUAAACAGUAUAUAUAUUUAUUCUGAUAUCUCUUAAUUUUUCUGGAUUAUGUGUGUAUUGUAUUUCACUGCACAUGCGAUAACAUCUGCAAAUCUGUGUACGCCACCAAUAAACUUUGAUUUGAUUUCACAACGUUUUCUCGUUUGCUGAACAGAGCCCUGUUUUGUUAUUGCAUACAGAAGGAGGUAGCUAAACACUGAGGAGUGUUCUGUGCCGCCCACCUUGGCUCAGACAAAUCACCUCCCAGAUUUCAGAGGAGGGUUUUCCUCUGAUGGAUGGCUACACAAACACCUGACAAGAACAUAUUUGUAAACAUUAAUUCAAAAUAUUGUGUUGCACUACCUAAUCACAAGGUAAUUGUUUACUGUGUGCUUGCUGUGGAAAUUGUUUAACUAUAGUUGCCGAUCAUAUGCAUGGUUGCCAAUUAGUAGGACAUUUUCAAUAUUUUAUUAUUUACAUAUGAAAUGCAAAAAUCUGCUGAUCAAAACCACUUCUGUUUAAUUCCUGUUUAAUUGCUGCCAAUAUAAUUCCUCAGUUAUAAAUCAAUACAGGUAUUUGUUAACAUGCUUGCUUCUGUGUUUCUACUCAAAGUGUCAAAUACAUCCUAGGCUUUAGUCCUCUCUGAUCCUUAACAUCUUCAUGUCUGUUUCAUCACCUGUCCCUUUUUCUACCCAGUCACUUAGCAACACUGUUGCAAGCCUUUCUAACCUGGUCCCAGAUCUGUUUGUGCCAUUGUCACUCCAAUGAUCAUAGAAGUUGGCAAGUCAGCACUAACAGAUCUGGGACCAGGCUAAACCUUGUUACCUCUCUCCCCUCCUGACCACUUCUCAUUGGUAUUCAUCCUCAGUCCUUCCUGACAAGCUCCUGAAUAUCCAUUUAUCAUUUUCUUCCUCCAUCAUGUGUGACCAGAAAUAACUUAACGUCCAUGUUAUAUCCUGCCCCAUCAGACCUGCCCCCUCCUACCCAUUUCUCCACACUCAUCUCCAUAUCGUUGCCUCUCCUUAAUCAGAGUAUCUUAGUACAUACAGCAUCUUUCCCUCCCUCCCUCUCUACCUCUUCCUUCCCUUCAUACCUUCUCUCUCUUACUCUCUAUCCCUCCCUCUUUCUUACCUUCAUCUCUCCCUCUUCUCUCCAUCUCUCUCUCCCCAUCUCCCUCCCCCUUACAUCUAUUUCUCCCCCCAUCCCUCCCUCCCUCCAUCCCUCUCCCCUUCUCUUUCUCCAUCUCCCUCCCCCUUACAUCUAUUUCUCCCCCAUCCCUCCCUCCAUCCCUCUCCCAUUCUCUCCCCCUUCCCUCUCCCUCCUUCUCUCUACCCCCUCACUCCAUCUCUCUCUCUCUUUGCCCCCCUUGGUUCAUGUUCGCGCAUUUCUUUUCGCCGCUGUUAAUUUGCCUGAGAAUGCAUUAGCUGUAAUGAAGGCUGAGGGCCAAGGGAAUCCUCCAGGGUUCCAUUAAUCAUCCCCCCUCAGACAGGCAACCUUGAUUACAAGUGGCAAGAAAUUCAUUAGAGCCGGGCCUCUGACAACUCUUAUCUCCGCCACUGGAUCUGACUCAUUAGGCAGCCAAAUUAAAGCUAUGAUGGCCCUGAUGAAACUCAGUGCUUGUUUAUCUUGUGCGAUUUGAUGCAUCUGCCCAUACAUCACGGUUGGAGAUGGAGAGGGGGGCGUCCGGCAUGAAGACCCUCCCAGGAAGUCAGGGCUCUGGUGUGGGCACACAGAUGGGAUGGGGAUGGUCUGAUUAUGUACAGAUCUCUAGGAACAUACAUGUAUAGGAGCAGAUUUCAUUUAAGAAAUCACAGGUGGAGAUAAUGGUGAGAUGUUAGCAUGUUUUGAGGGCAUGAUCUUUGUGCAUCUGUAACUUUCUCACUCAUUAUUAUUCACGAUUCAUUCAAAGUAAUCCAUAAUCAUGGUAGCAUCCACAUUAAUGUAGAGGUGUUCAGAAACAUAUUAUAUUCUUAUUAACAAUAAAAGUAAUGGGCGGAUUGGCCUUUUGGCAAUUCUGGCAAAUGCCAGAAGGGCUGAACAAUAUUUUAUUGGGGUGGGCUGGUCAAAAUAAAUAAUAAUAUUAAUAAUAUUAUUCAAAAAUAAUGAUGGACACGGCCGGCGGCCCAUGGGCCUGUUUUUGUAUGACUUUAGAGCUAAUUCUCUGUUGUCAUAAUCAUCUAUACUGAACAAAAAUAUAAACGCAACAUGUAAAGUGUUGGUCCCAUGUUUCAUGAACUGAAAUAAAAGAUCCAAGACAUUUUCCAUACGCACAAAAAGCUUAUUUCUCUCAUAUUUUGUGCACAAAUUUGUUUACAUCCCUGUUAGUGAGCAUUUCACCAUUGCCAAGAUAAUCCAUCCACCUGACAGGUGCGGCAUAUCAAGAAGCUCAAUAAACAGCAUGAUCAUUACACAGGUGCACUUUGUGCUGGGGACAAUAAAAGGCCACUCUAAAAUGAGCAGUUUUGUCUCACAACAAAAUGCCACAGAUGUCUGAAGUUUUGAGGGAGCGUGCAAUUGGCAUGCUGACUGCAGGAAUUUCUCCACCAUAAGCUGCCUCUAAAGUUGUUUUAGAGAAUUUGGCAGUAUGUCCAACCGGCCUCACAACCGCAGACCACGUGUAACCACACCAGCCCAGGACCUCCACAUCCCGCUUCUUCAACUACGGGAUCGUCUGAGACCAGCCACCCGGACAGCUGAUGAAACUGAAGAGUACUUCUGUCUGUAAUAAAGCCCUUUUGUGUGGAAAAACUCAUUCUGAUUGGCUGGGCCUGGCUCCCCAGUGGGAGGGGCUGGCUCCCAAGUGGGUGGGCCUAUGCCCUCCCAGGCCCAUCCAUGGCUGCACACCUGCCCAGUCAUGUGAAAUCUAUAGAUUAGGGCCUAGUGAAUUAAUUUCAAUUGACUGAUUUCCUUAUAUGAACUUUAACUCAGUAAAAUUGUUUAAAUUGCUGCAUGUUGCAUUUAUAUUUUUGUUCAGCAUUUGGCUGACCAGUGGGCAACAGCCGAGACUCCUAUUUUCUGAUUAGCUGAGCUGAGGUGGGGCAAAUUCACAUGUAUAGUCAAACACGCAUCAUCAAAGAGAGUGAGACUUGCUCUGACUCUGUCAGUCACUCAGUCAAAACAGAAAAACUGAAAUGUGGUGCCGAAAAAGUUAGAGACCAAAAAAGGGCUCUUGAGGCCGAUGCGGCGAAAUGUGUGAAAUUAACUGACUUAUUUGCUCAAAGUUCUGGUUCUGCUGGUCUGAGGUCUGUGUGAGAAAUGACAGAUCCAUCUGCUGUGGUGCAGUCGAGGUAGGAAGAAAACAGAGAAAGACGCACACUGACACAAAUCAUGUAGCCUAGUACUGCCAGUUAAGCCUAAUAUUUUGCCUGCAUAUUGUAUGAAAUAUAUUUCAUACCUACUAUAGUAGGCUAAGUAGGGAAGGGAGAUCCGGGGGAACAUUUAGACACUAGACUACUUGCAAUAUAGCCUAACAAGUCUGUCACGCCCUGACUCUGGGGACUAUUAUUUGUUGAGUCAGGGUGUGAUUUUCUAUGUUGUGAUUGUCUAUGUUGUAUAGGGUCUAGUUUGUGUAGUUCUAUGUUGGCCGGUGUGGUUCCCAAUCAGAGGCAGCUGUCGCUCGUUGUCUCUGAUUGGGGACCAUACUUAGGCAGCCUAUUGGCACUAGUGGGUUGUGGGAUCUUGUUCCGUGUUAGGUAUGUUGUUUGUGUACCUUGGACUUCACGUUUUGUUUAGUUUGUUGUUUUGUCGCUUGUUUAUUCGUUUCAAAUAAACAUGUAUGCUUAUCACGCUGCACCUUGGUCUGAUCCGUUCAUGAACGCACGUGACAAAGUCAUUAGAUUUAUGACAUAUGGGUAAGGCAAUAGCCAUCUACUAGACAUGUAUACAGUGCUUUUUACUAAACAGAAGUCAUCAUGUAUUACAAUAAAGGUCAAUUCAGGGACUGUCUGUGAAUUUUGUUUUGUUUUAUCAAUGUUUAUUCGCUUCUGAAUCCCAGUCACUUCUGCCCAGUGACUGAGUUUAUGAGCUGUAGUAACAAGUGACUCUAGUGUCGGAUUACAUUACAUAGCCACCACACUGAAGGCUGGAAUGUCCCGCCUAUAUCCCUCUUAUUUCAUUCGCUGAAAGGCCCGUCAUUUCUUGGCAGAAAGAUACGCAUACGCGAGCGGCACUGUCAAACAAAGCACAAUGCUGAAAAUCUAUCCACAUCCACAUAAACUCGGCUUCGUUCUUUGACAAACACAGUACAGAAGGUUGUGUAUUAAAUUCAAUAGAAGAAGACAGCAAGAGAGAGAGAGGGAGAGCGAGAGAGAGAGAGAGAGAGAGAGCGAGAGAGAGAGAGAGAGAGAGAGAGAGAGAGAGAGAGAGAGAGAGAGAGAGAGAGAGAGAGAGAGAGAGAGAAUGUUCCUUAAUGUAGCCAUUGGCUGUAUUAUACAGCCAAUACAUUAAGGAACUGGCAGUCUCUCUCUCUCCUUCUCUCUCUGUGUUUCUUUCUGUUGAUUUAUAUGUAGCCUAAUAUAUAAACAGUGAGUAGGGGGGAACACUUGAAAUAGUUAGGCUGUUAUAAGGUAUUAUAUAAGCCAAUGGGGUAACACUUUAUUUUAAGGUUUUGUAAUAAACCAUUUAUAAGGCAUUUAUAAAUUGUGUGUUCACCGUUUCCUAAUCAUUACUCCCAUAUUAAUAAACCAUUUGCUAAUCAUUACUAAAGUAUAUUUGCAGUGCCUAAUCUAAAGUGAGUGCUAUUUAUACUUUCUAAAUACUUUCUAAAUGAUUUGCGUGACCAGUGUAAUUUUGCACAAAAAGAUGGGCAUGCCAUUGGUAGACAUUCCUGCUGUACCUGGUAAAAGAACAAGCACACAACACAGGAUGUUUAAGGAAAUAUAUGUGAGUAACUAGCUUACUAACAUUUACAAAUGUGGGAGCAAGGAUUAAUAAAUGGUGAGCAAACGGUUUGUAAAUGCCUUAUAAAUGCCUUAAAAUAAAGUGUUACCCUAGGAGGUUAAUAGGCCCAGCACCGGCCGUGUGGUCCCCUGGUCUUCUGGUCCCAGUGAUGCUAGACUUAGCAACACAGACAUCUCAGCUGCAGUCAAGUGUAGUGGACAUAGGGAGAAAGGAGAGAGAGAGAGAGAGAGAGAGAGAGAGAGAGAGAGAGAGAGAGAGAGAGAGAGAGAGAGAGAGAGAGAGAGAGUUGUACUGCCAGUUUAUUGAUAUUUUGCCUCUAUAUUACCUAUAUAUAGCUCAGAGAUGAGUGCAGUGGAGAUAGGAAGAAAACAGAGACACAGAUGUACUGCCAGUUCCUUAAUAUGUUGGCUCUAUAUGUAAUAACAAUUAACACGUAGGACUGACAGACAGGCAGACAGACAGAGUGACAGCAGAGAAGCGCAAGGUGAAUCACAGACAGACAGACAGACAGAUGGACAGACGGACGAUAAGACGGACAGAGACAGAGUGACGGCAGAGAAGAUGCAGAGACAGACCGCACAACAGGGAGGCAAAAGAGGCACAGUUGUAGUGGUGAGAUGUAUCUCCCAUGGUGCUUUUACAUGUUGUAUUUAUCUUAAAUGGAUACUUCGGGAUUCUGGCAAUGAGGGCCUUUAUCUACUUCCCAAGAGCCAGAUGAACUCGUGGAUACCAUUGUUAUGUCUCUGCGUGCAGUUUGAAGGAAAUUGUGGGGCAGUGGUCUAAGGCACUGCAUCGCAGUGCUAACUGUGCCACUAGAGAUCCUGGUUCGAAUCCAGGCUCUGUCGCAGCCGGCCGCGACCGGGAGACUCAUGGGCGGUGCACAAUUGGCCCAGCGUCGUCCAGGGUAGGGGAGGGAAUGGCCGGCAGGGAUGUAGCUCAGUUGAUAUAGCAUGGUGUUUGCAACGCCAGGGUUGUGGGUUCGAUUCCCACGGGGGGCCAGUAUAAAAAAAAUAUAUAUAUAUGUAUUCACUAACUGUAAGUCGCUCUGGAUAAGAGCGUCUGCUAAAUGACUAAAAUGUAAAUGUAAAAUGUACCUUGGCGUUAUAAGCGCCGUGCUCUACCAGCUGAGCUACAGAGGACCACACAUUAUUUACCAUUAAUUUAUAUUGGGCACAACAUAACACAACAAAAAUAAACUGCAAAUGCAUCCAACAAGUUUGUAGAGUCACAAGCUUGAUGUAGUCAUUGCGUGCAAGGAAUAUGGGACCAAAUAGUAAACUUUUGUCAAAAUGUAAUACACUAAGUGAAUUUAUCAAAAAACGUAUGACACCUUCAAAUGGGGGGACUACAUACAUAAAGUACCACUAAUUUCUAAACAGUAAAACAGAUAUGUAUGAAAAUACCCUAAAAUAAAAGGUCACAUUCUGUCCUGUCGCCUCAUAUAAAACAUUUGAUCUCAAAUCCAAAAUGCUGUAGUAUAGAGCCAAAUGAAAAGUGUUUGCUUCACUGUCCAAAUAAAUAUGUAGGGGAGUGUGUGCUAUGGCAUCAAUAGAAAAUGCAUUGCAUUAUACUCAGUAUAAUAAUACUUGGGAUGGUGUGAGCCAUUUACUAUGUUCUCCUUAUAUGUUCUCAGAUGAUUCCAGGUUCACAAAAGAACCAUCAUCUCCUAAACAUCUACACAUAUAGAGACAAUCACAAGACCUUGAAAACUCUUGCAAUAACUGCAGUAUUACAGCAGGGUGUAUGUCAUUGUUCUUUAAUUGUGUAUAAACUCACCUAGUGUGAAAUUGCCAUAACACUCUGUGUACUAUGUAAUCUACUUGAAAUCCAGGAUUAGUCAGCUCUUAGGACAAUAUUAAAACUUCCAUCACUGGCCCACGACAACAUCCAUCCUUAUAUCACCAUCCCAGUGUCACAAUCUUGAUGUAUGAAGUGGACAAUAAACAAAUGACUGCACAUUGUCUCAGAUGGCAAUGCUAGUCAUGCCAUUUGAUGGUCACUCUAUGCAGUUGGGCUGUUGAGACAAAUACCAUGGUCAAAUCCGACAACGGGCCUUAACAUUAACUUCACCUUAGCCUUAUUGUUGGUUAGAGGCUAGAAGCUAUGGUGCUCAGAUAUCUUUUCAAUUCAAUCAUUGAAGUUCAGUCAUGGAAGUUCAACGGCAGCCUAAAAUAUAGAUUAUUAUGAUUUCCUCAAAGGACAUAAGGAAGAAAUUAACCCCCCUCCCCCAUGGCCUUUGAGGCCAAGUCAACAGGUGCACCACUUAUUAAUCAGCUAAUAUUUAAGAAAAACUAUAUCUAGCCUAUACAAUAUGUCUCAUGUUCAGUUUAUUAAAUAGUUGUCAUGGAAAUGUGGAGCCCUAUCUCUUCCUUCCAUCUUGAGCAGUGUGUUGGUUUAAAACUGUGUGCUGAUUAAUAUAGCUACAGUAAUAUAUUAUAAUAUCUGGAUCAUAGGAGCCCCAUUUGGAAACAGUUCAAAGAGAUAUAUUGUGUCCAAACUCACAUCCAGCUUCUGAGGCCAGUAGAGGUUGAUAUUUUGCACCGCCUACCAUGGUCCGCUCCCUUUCAGAAACUUUGCAGGCACAUUUUAGAUGGACCAUACACUCAAACCUUAAAUUGCCAUGUAAAAACAACUCUGGGUUGAGAGAGAAAACUAGAAAAGCAGACAAAUGAUAUCCAAGGAAUUGGGUGAGCCUAUACAAAUUGUGCAUUAUAACCCCCUUACCCUCUGGUAUCAAUAAACCUAUUGGGCUUUGUUUUUGUGUCCUUUUGUGCCACAUAACAUUUCAAGGAGUCAUUUGACAGAGUAAAUUAUAUUUCUGUCAUAUGACAAUGCAUGUUGCAUGAUGACAUCCACUGUGUUUUUAUAGUGUUUGAAUAGUCCUAGCUCACUGUAACGUUGUGUAUGUCCCUCUGGGCACACACAACGUUGUUUCCACGUAAUAUUUAUGAAAUUACAUUGAACCAACGUGGAAUAGACAUCCGUGCCCAGUGGGGUGUGUCAUUGCAUCCCCGCGACAACUCUGUUCCCUCCAUUAGCAUCUAAGCACUAGAACACGCACCAAACAUUCUGGCGUCAUUGGAGGGCGAGACUCAAAAAUCAUUCACCCUCAACUGGCAGAUUUGAAGUCUCUUCAACAGCUCUGGCAGAUUUUAAGUCGGAAACUAGUUAGGCAACUUUUAGGCAACUGUUUUAAAUUUAUAGUAGGCUAAUAUUGUAUUAUUUUUCAUUUAAAUAUUGUAAUCUUAUCCGUUUACCUAUUUCCGUUAUAGGCUACCUAAUCUUACCAUCAUGAUUGAGAUGACUUCAUUGUGACAGCAGCAGCAAAAAUGCAAAAACAGUCGCUAAUUAGCUUAAUUUCUUGACUCAAUUCAAAUAUCGCGCAUGAUAACAUCGUUGACAUGUGGAUCAGUUAUUCAAACAUGGAGUAGGCCUACAUGAGAUAACAUCUGGGGGAAAUCUAUUAUAGCCUAAAGUUUUUCAAACCAACCCAUAUCUUGGAUAGGCUCUUUGCGCACCUGUAAAUACUGUAACAACCAUAGUAGCCUAAAUGUAGCCUAAAAUAAAUUGUUUUUACAGGUAGGCCUACACCUGUAAAAAAUAAUUGCUAGCUUUUUUAUAUUCUCUUUGUUCCUCUCUUAGGAUUGACAUUUAUGGAAAUUUACCAAUUCGGAUAUGAAAUGAAUUACUUAUACAGUACAUCAAAAUAAGUUUAACUUUUCUCUGUAUUCCUGAGUUGAGACUUGUUGGCAUAAAUAACACACUCACACACACACACACAGUCUUGUACAACUAACCUUGUUUGGACACACAAUUCAGUCCCAUUCAAAAUCAUAUUUUCCCUAACCCUUAACCCUAAACCUAACCCCUAACCCUUACCCUUACCCUAACCCUAACCUUAACUCUAAUCCUAACCUUAACCCAAAAACCUUAACCCUAACCCUAAACCUAACCAUAGCUCCUACCCCUAACCCUAAAACUAACCCUAGCUCCUAACCCUAAACCUAAUUCUAACCCGAACACUAUUUCUAACCCUAACCCUAAACCCCCUAGCAAUAACAUUUGACCUUGUGGGGACAAACAUAAUGUCUCCAGUUGGUCAAAUUUUUGUUUGUUUACUAUUCUUGUGUUAUAGUUAAACAUGUCCACACAACACGCACGCACACACACACACCACACACACACACACACACACACACACACACACACACACACACACACACACACACACACACACACACACACACACACACACACACACAGACAGUGUUCACCCUCUCUGGUCUGGUCUCCUCCUCUCUUACAGUGAUUGA